GGAGGGAGAGAGAGAGAGAGGCAGACUCGAGUAGCAGGAGAGAAAGAGAAGGAGAGAGGGAAAGAAAGAAAAGAGAGAUUUGAGUAGCAGGAGAGAGGGAUAGAAAGAAGAGUGGCGAGAGAGAGAGGGGGGAAUAGAAAGAAGGGAGAAAGAGACGAGUGUAGAGAGAGAGAGAGGGAGAGUAGAAUACUGUAGCAGGAGAGAGGGGAAGAGAGGACUAGAAAGAAGGGAGAGAGAGAGAGAGAGAGACGAGUGUUAGGAGAGAGGGAGGGACAGAGGGAAAGAAAGAAGAGAGAGAGAGAGAGAGAGACAGACUCGAGUGGCAGGAGAGAGAGAGAGAGGGAAAGAAGAGAGAGAGUGUCGAAUAGCAGGAGAGAGAGAGGGAGAGAGGAAUAGAAAGAAGAGAGAGAGAGAAAUACAGACGCGCAGCUGCUGCCGCCGCCCGAGCGCUCCGGUCUCCGUGCUGCUCCCGCCGGAUGGAAGAAGCGGCCGCCGCCGCUCGCCCCUUCGCCUUCUCGCCCCCUGCUCCUCGCGAGUAAAGCCCCGGAGGGCGAGGAAGGAAGCACGCGGAUUGCUAAAAACGGGGCAAGAUUGAAGGAGGAGGAGGAGGAGGAGAAGAAGCAAAAGGAGCCGCCUCGCUAGCUGCAACCGGGACUCAGAGCCAGCUUCCCGGCUGCUUGACUUAGGGGACCCCCCUCUCCCCGCUCUACACCCCCUUCCCCCAAAUCGCCGGGGCGGAGGGAGCGUAGAAGGCAGGACCCCCCCCUUCCCCACUCCCACCCCCCCCAAGACAACCAGCGCCGGCCGUAAGGCUCUCCAAUGCCAUCGCGGGCGCAGAGCCGGGCAAAGCGAUGGGGAAACUUCACUCCAAGCACGCUGCUGCUUGCAAACCUCGAGAGAACCCCGAAGGUGAUAGCUUCGCCGUGAACGCCUCGCUGGCGCGGAAAGGGCUGGAGGAAUGGCCGGUGAACCCCAAAAGCUCCGGGGGCGACGGCGACGGCGGCUCGGGAAUCCCGCAAGGCUGCCCCCACCGGGCGUUUGGCAAAUGUUCCGGCUCCAGGGAGGCAGCUGGUGAAAUUUUCAGGGAGGCGCUUGAAAACGAACAUUUUCAUCUCGAAGUUGCUCUGCCCCCAGAAAAGACAGAGGGAGCUUGCAGUGGUGAUGAGAAGAAAGCAGAAAAGGAAACGGAUGGCCGCGCAAAUGCCAAGAAGCAGCUAAAAUUUGAGGAAUUGCAGUGCGAUGUGUCUGUUGAGGAAGACAACAGGCAAGAAUGGACCUUCACUCUCUACGAUUUCGACAACAAUGGCAGAGUCACCCGUGAGGAUAUUACAAGCCUGCUUCAUACCAUCUAUGAAGUUGUGGAUGCUUCUGUCAAUCAUUCACCCAACUCUAGUAAAACGCUGAGGGUUAAACUCACUGUUGCUCCGGAUGGGAGCCAGAAGAAGAGAAGCAUCAUGCUGAACCACAGUGCAGAUCUUCAAAGCUCAAGGCAUCGAGCAGAGAGCAAAGCUGGUGAAGAAGCAAGAAGUUGUGACAAGAAGCCAAGGGGUUCCCUCAGGUACCAUCAUGGAGAAUCCAAGCCUGAACCGAAUGGAUGCUACCAUCACUGUGUUGAUGAAAACAUUGAAAGGAGGAACCACUAUUUAGAUCUCGCAGGAAUAGAAAACUACACAUCGAAGUUUGGGCCAGGCUCUCCACCGAUCGCUCAGAAGCACAAUCCAACCGUUCGGGUUGCCAAUCAAACAAGAUCCCGUUCCCAUGAGCCAGAGGUCUUCCACGCCCACCAGCGGAGGUCCCCUGUGGUGGAUCCUGCCCAUAUCAACUUAAUGGAAGCUUCGUAUGCAAAGCUGGCAGAAAUUCAGCAGAGGCUGCGAAGUCAAGAGGCCAGCAGGCAUUUUGUGAAGUCUCCCAAGGCUCAAAGCAAAAACACGGCUUCCGUUCACACCGGAAGGGCGAUGAGAAGUAAACCCAUCCAAGGAGUACCGCUUCCCAUGGCUUCUCCUACUGCGCGGGUAGGCCAGAACCUACCUUACCACCCCAUGCAGUCUCAGCAGACUUACAAGAAACAUAAGCAGAGGGCAAAAGAGACUCACCAAGUGUGCAAAAGCUUCCCAGCUCCAGGGACAGUGGUGGAAAAAGAGCACGUCCGAGAUCUGCCUGCGGUCAUCUUAUAUGAAGGCCAAGUUGGGCAGAUGAUCCAGAGACAUGAACACCAUCACCAUCACGAGCAUCAUCACCACUAUCACCACUUCUACCAGACAUGAAAUGGACUUCUCCCUCUCCCACCUCUUGGGAAGUUCUCCCACCACAUGAAGGAAGGCGUGUUUGUGGCCUCUUGGGGGAAAAAAGAUCGGUGUUGUCCUUAUUCAUGUUAGUAUUGUUGCUAUAACAUUAAUAUUCUGCUAAAGCUAUUUUAGAAGUUGUAUGAAAAACACUAAAAAAAAAAUAAUGAUGAUGAUGAUGAUAAUAAUAAUAACAAUUACCUAACAUUAUUUAUAUUAUGUGGAACUGUAUCACUUACUUUAAUAACUUGUGGUUUUUAUUAUUUUGGAAAGAAUUGGCUUGUUCAACACACACACACACACACCAAUGGUGAGAUACAACCAAUGUAACAACUGGUUUGCUGAGGUCAGUAUAGCAAAGGGGCGGGCAGGUGGGCCCACCUGAUCAUUGGAGCGAACCUGUUCACUCUCAGCCGAUUGUCGGAGCUACCGGUUCGAGUGAACCAAUCCGAACCAGCUGAAUACCACCUCUGACAUACACAUAAGAAAACAGCCAUAGAUAUCCUUAUGAGAAUCUUCACAUGAACUCUUUGUGUCUUCGGAGAACACAUGAAAGGGUGUGUGGAACUAGGUCCACUCCCAGAAAUGUACACCUCAAAUUUCAUCAGAAGUUUGUGAGAAGUUCUCCGUGGUCAUGUGUGAAGACCUCUUCAAGGAGAACUUCACGUUGCCUCUUUGAGCGUAGAUGUUCUCUAAGCAAAACUCUAGAGAACUUUCUACAGGAUGGGUGUUAAGAGGUGAGUGGGAUUCGGAUGGUGGGAAAUCGGUAGUUGAACAUACAUCUUGGUUCAUGUGAUGAGCUGUGUUCAAAAUCUUAAGAGACGCCAUUGAAGCAAGCUUUCCGUUGUGAUUUUAGAAAAGAGGCUUUGAACAAAUGGUUAGAUACCUAGUUUGUUGCACAGGUUGGCUUACGUCAUGGAAACCUGUCAGCAAUUUCAAAAAUACAAAAUAGUUGCUACCUCUUGGAUAAUUCAAAACUUCUUAUUUGAUUGAAUGUGCUGCCGGAAAGGAAGGGCUGAUGGAACCAGGGAAGGGAUUUUUUUUUACUUGAUUGCAUUCAUGUAGCCUGCUAAUAUUUUACUACUCAUCACUUUGUUAGCUAUCCCUUAACAGUAGUGAUGAGGAAAUGGUUCAUUUGCUCAUUAAAAAAGCUACGAUGUCCAAACUUGUUAUUAUUUCCAUUAUUUUUUAAUGGCCACCUUUAUACGUUAGGUCAUUUUAAACAUUUUUGUUUCUUGCCAUAUUGCCAUAUCUUUAGAUUAGAAGGUCUGUAGGAAUUUGUGGUGUUCAGGCAACAGAAAAGCACGAUCAAUCUUGAAUUAACACAGGAGACCAUCUCUGCUGCUUGCCACUACUCCUAAUAAUAGCUAGCGAGGGGUUUCUGGCAUCUUAAGGUACUUAUGGUUUAGGAGAGCAUAUAUGUAGCUCAGGAUUGAACCGUGGAGUCCUUGGUGGUCUCUGAGCUUGAUCAUUACCAAGGAUUUCAUGGUUCGUAUGGUACUAGAAGGCAAGUGGCCUUCCUUUUGAGAUGUUGCUCUGAGAUGACACGAACAAGUGACUUGCUCUUAGUUUCAGAUCAUUUCUGCUGGUCUUUUCAAAGUGUCCCCCCACCACCAUAUUCUCAGAUGAGACUGAAGAUCAGAGUCAGAAUGACCAGGGACUUUCUUGAGGUUUGUUAUAAAGACUAACAGUGUAUUAUAUAGUCAGCAAAAUGACCGGGUUCGCAAGUGUCCUGUUUCAGGCCAUAAUCCAACAGAUUAUGAUUUAUGGAUUCUUCUCCACCCAACUGCUAUUCUACGUUCGACCGUUCUUAUUCCACUUAUGAAAUGGAAGUAAGGGCUGUACGACAAAGAGCCUACUAUACGUUCCUUUCUCACAACUACUCUUGUGAGACCCAUAAUCUCCCCAAGGAAGAGCCAACAUCACCUCUUCUCCCGCUAUAAAUUAAGAAUAGAAGCAGAGUAGCUGAAAGGGAAAUGGAAUUAAGUCUGACCCUCACAUUACACAAGGGCCUUUGUGUUGUUUUGUGUUGAGUUUUACAAGACAGUGAAAGGGUGCUCUGGAUUCCCUUCCUUCUCCUCCCUCCCCCCCCUCCCCAUUUCCUCUGGCUAUAUAAUCUUGAUUUUUAUCCCCCUCCCCAGCAAGAAAUCCAAAGGGGAUUUUCUUGUUGUUGUUGAAACAAUAGAGGAAGCUUUGACCACUUGUGUGUAAUUAUUUUGAAAACGGUAUGCAAUUCAGGAUUGUUGUUGUUGUUUUUAGGUUGCUGUUUAUGUUUACAAAACGCUGAAGUGUUAUCAGAUGAUAUUUUUGUUUUUAACAACAACAACAAAUCUUUAAAGCUGGGAUUUAAAUGAUUGAGAUGAAGCUGACACAACGCAAGAUCAGAUGGUUUUGAGGGUCGAGACCAGAAGUAUUGGUUAAUUAGCAUUGGUCUCAAAAGAAAAAAGAAAAAGAGGGGAAAAAAAUAAGCUUUCGGGUUUUUUUCCUCCCCACUCCUGGUGAACCUUUUCAAAACAAAUCGAAAUGUAUAUUCUUGUAGGUUAUUUUCUCUCUUUUGCCAUCAGCUGGCGAGUGUCUUGUUCCGUACCACGACUAGCCUAUUCGAUUUAUUCUCUUGAUUUUUCUAAACUUUCCCCCCUGAAAUAUUUAUACAUUAUUUCUGUUGUUUAGAAACCAGCAGAGGGAAAGUUGGAUCGUAACUUCUCAAUUUACCACUGGCUGACUUGUUUUUGGUCCAGCUUUAUUUUGCUGCUUGCGUUAUUGGUCUUUGGUUUUUCGCCCAUAUGUGUAUAUAAAUAUAUAUAUAGAUACAUAUAUAUAUGUAUAUAUAUAAUUAUGGACUGCAGGAAAAAAAAUACAAUUUACUUGCCUGGUAUAGAAGGAAUAAGUUUAUUUAUAUGAUAGUGUUAAAUGAAGUCUGAUGUAUUCAAGUGAUGUUUGUUGUAUUGCAUGCAAACCCAUGAAAAGGAGACAUUCCAUGGGGGGGGAGGGGAAAUGCGGGGGAGGGGCGGUUGAGAAAGAGUUUCUUUGCUCCUUCGGACUGUUUUAAAAAGCUGAAUGUUUUCUACUUCCCUUAGCAACUUGAACAAAAAUAAUAAUAAAAUCUGAUCUCCUUCUAACCUGAAGAGUCAUGAAUAGGAAAUAUUCAAAUGUUAACUGGGGGACAGAUUAGCAAUGGAUUGAGGUGUCCUGUCCCCCCCCAAAAAAAAAUUAAACCAGUGGGAAAUUCAAUAAGGGGUAAAAAAAAUCAGUAGUAAAGAGCCCAUAAGUAACUUUCAAAUCCAGUCUAGUGCAGUGGUGAAAUCCAAUUUUUUUUACUACCGGUUCUGUGGGUGUGGCUUGUUGGGCGUGGUGUGGCUUGGUGGGGGAAAGAUACUGCAAAAAUCUCCAUUCCCCCCACUUCUGGGGGACGGAUAUUGCAAAAUCUCCAUUUCCACCCCACUUGUCGGCCAGCCAGAGGUGAUAUUUGCCUGUUCUCCGAACUACUCAAAAUUUCCGCUACCGGUUCUCCAGAACCUGUCAGAACCUUCUGAAUAGCACCCCUAGUGCUAUUCAGGUCUAGUGUUGUCCCAAGAAGCCAUGCUUAUCAGAAAUGAUUGUAAUAUCAAACUAUGUCCUCUACUCUGGUAGUAUCAAAAUCAGGGGUCAACUUCUAAGAUGUAUGGACUUCAAAUUCAGGAAUUCCCCAGCUAGUAUAAUGGAUGAAGAAUUCUGGCAGUUGAAGUCCACAAGUCUUAAAAAGUUACCAAGUUUGGACUGAGUAGGAUAACCUGCCAUGGCCAACUGAUCCUGGCCCAUCUUGCCAUGGCCCGACUCGCCCUGGCCGACAGUUCAACAAGGGAUAACUCAACAGAGGGACAAGCGAUUUGCAGCGGGCCUUGUCUUGCUUCAGGUUUGAACCUUCUCAAGUUGGAAGUCCUCAAGGCUGGGGUGAGCUGCAAUUCUACUCGUCUCUCUCUUGGAGUUAUCCCGCAGCAAGUUGUCCCUCUGCGAAUUGGCCGGGGCAAGUCUGCUGGGGGAAGUUGUCUUAGAUCAGGGAUGUCAAACUCAAUUUCAUUGAGGGUCGCAUCAGGGUAGGGUUUGACUUCAGGGGGGAGCUAGGGGUGUGUGGCCAAUUCGACGUCACUUGUGUUGGGGGUGCUUGUGGUGGCCCAAGUGCUCUGCCAGUGAAAACAGGCUCCUGAGCUCUGUUUUUGGCUGUGAUGGCAUCCUGCAACCUUUGCCAGCAAAAACGGAGCUCAUGCAGCCCUCCCGAGCUCCAUUUUCACUGGCAGGGGCACCGUGGGCGAGUCCUUUGCUGUUUCCAGGACGGCCCUGUGGGCCAGAUCAGAGCACCCCGCAGACUGGAUCCAGCCUUGAGUUUGACACCCCUGUCGUAGACCGAAGUUUGGAAACUUCUGCCAAGAAAGUCCAGGCUUCAGCUAGCUAGGGAAUUCUGAGAUGAGAAGUCAAGUACAUUUAGAGAGUACCACAAUUGAAUGUAAGUGGGGGGGGGGAAAUUACAUUAGAAUAAGCCACAGAGUGCAAAGAGACCUGAUAGAGGAACGCCGGUGUUCCAGAUCAGAGAUGCUGAAAAUACAUAGCACCUUAUAAUUUCCUCUUCGGAUUUCUCCCCACCCGUUUCUUUUUAUGCCUCCUGUUUGGCUUUUCCUUCUAGUUUCCUUCUGAGUUUAGGAGACUUUGACCUACAUUGGUUCCUAAUCCUCUCGCAAUGAGCAUUUUUUAGGAGCAUAAUAUCUUCUAUUCGAUGAAAACGUGGAAGUCUUAGCUACUAGAAUUCUUCAGGUAAUCCAAAUAUUGGCUAAGCAUUUUCAGGUGGCAAUGAUUUAACACUCUUCUAAGAGUUUUUUUUUUCCUGGGAUACACACCUUUACUAAGGGUAGUUUUAAAGUAUAAAGUGUAAUGGUAUAAAUAAAGAAUUCUUCUGUGUGUCAGAAAUAAAACUCUGCUUUAGAUUGUCUAAAGAAAGCACGACGCGAAAGGCUUUUCUAGAGAUUCGGAAUAAUGAUGACGGUUGCAUUGGCUCAUGUCUAAGGGUGAUCAAAAAACGUGUUUUUUUUCUCUCAUUAAGAUAAGAAACUCAUUUUCAGUGUAUGCUGCUUCAAAUUGAAAUUUACAUGACUAAAUGUCUUACGCACAGAAAAAAAAAAUGAGUUGAACAUUUGGAGCGUACCGAGAAAGAGGUUAUGCUUGAAAGAAGGGACAUGAAAGAGUGUCUGUGUUGCUUUGGUAAAGAAAAAGAAAAAGAAAACAACAUAGCUGUGUAGAAAUCCAUGCUAAAAAAAAAAGGCAGCAUUCAGGACAAUUGGGUUUCAAUAAAGUCAGGAAAACGUUCACUGAAAGAAGAGACGUCUGGCGAAAAAUAAGAGAUGCUGAAUUGUACAGGUUUGCCUGACGCUAUUAAAAAGAAACCCUGACGAAAAUUGCAUCUUUAUUAACCCGAUUGUACAAGAUUGUAAGUAAUGCAAAUUAGCUCUAUACUAAUACACUGGUCCUUGAUUAGAAAGGACCGUGAAAAUGUCAGAUGUCCGGCAAAGUUGCAGUAGAGAGUUAAGAUACAAAGCUAACGGUUGUAUACAGGGGUCUCCAACCUUGGCAACUUUAAGACUUGUGGACUUCAACUCCCAGUAUUCCUCAGCCAGCAAAGCUCCACAAAUCCACAAGUCUUAAAGUUGCCAAGGUUGGAGACCUCUGGUUGUAUGAGACUCUUUGCCAGAUGCAUUCAGUGGUGGUGACUGAUCUGGAACCUGAUCUUAGCAGAUCUUCCUCCUGUCAAGUAGAUAGAUUGAUCAUAUCUCCAUCCUGGUAAAAGCCUGGAGGCUAAUGACUGCCAUGUUUUAUGGCUGGGAUUUCUACUAAUCAGUGCAAUGGCCUACAGAUCUCUUCUGAAUUGCCAGACAGCUGGCUUGGUUAACUAGGAGUUUGGGGUUUAUGAGAGAAGGAACGCCUCUCAUAAUGGGACAACUGGCCAAGGACAAGUGGCCAUGGGACAACUCUCUGUGGACAACUCACUGCGGGACAAUUCAACAAUUUAAUUAUUUAAAAUACAGACAGUCCUCGACCUAUGAUCAAAAUUUCUGUUAGGUGAGAAAUUUGUGAAAGGAGUUUUGCCCCAUUUUACGAUCUUUCUUGCCACAGUUGUUAGGGGAAUCACUGCAGGGGAUAAGUUAGUCACCUGAUUGUUCAGUGGAUUUGGCUUUUCCAUGGACUUUGCUUGUCCAAAGGUCGCAAAAGGGGAUCAUGUGACCCCGGAAUGCUGAAACCGUUAUAAAUAUGUGUCUGACUGUGGAUCACAUGAUUAUGGUGAUGCUGCAAAGGUGCUAACUGUGAAAAAUGGUCAAAGUCACUUUUUUCAGUGCCAUUGUAACUUUGAAUAAUAAUUAAAUGAAGUGUUGUAAGUCGAGGAUUACCUGUAAUUUAAAAAAAAAUACUUUAAUUUUUGUCAUUCACAUUUCAUUUUGUCCUUCCUUCUGUAUCCUUUCUUUCGUGAUUCUAUUCCACCAUUUCUUUGGUAUUAGUGUAACUCUUGUCCUGCGGCGAGUUGGCCAUGGGGACAGUGAGUUAGCCACAGCAUGUUGACCCUGCCAAGUUGGCCUUGACGAAUUGGCCAUGAAGAGUUGGCCAUGGUGACGGUGAGUUAGCCGCAGCAUGUUGGCCCUGCCAAGUUGGCCUUGACGAAUUGGCCAUGAAGAGUUGGCUAUGGUGAGGAAGCCACAGUGAGUUGGCCAUGGGACAUUGGCCAUGGCAAGUUAGCUAUGGUGAGUUGACCAUGGUGAUUUGACCAUGCUGAGUUGGCUAUGGUCAAGUUGGCCAUGGUGAGUUGACCAUGGUAAGUUGACCAUGGCAAGAUGGCCACAGUGAGUUGUCCUACACCCAACACCUGCAUAUCAGUGCACUACAUUCCAUAUGGUCUUUCAUCUUGUGCUGCCUCACCUUUCUGUCCUAAAGAAGCCUCAAAAGGUUUGACUCAACUUUACAAGUAUCUUUUCCAGGACCAAUUUCUCUGAUGUUUGAAAAGAUGGACAUUUGAUUCCCCUACCCCGUCCCCAUGGCAUUCCAUGAGCAUUUGGUCCUGGAUCUCUACUGAGCUAAGUUCUCAAACCAUCUAAAGUGAAUGUUGAAGGAAACGAGGAAAGAGGGAUGCACAAAACUGUCAGUAUUGACUAAGCAUUCUUAUUUUGGUUCAUUUCCACAGCUCCAAAAUAUAUCCAGCUUCUGUUUUGUGGAAUGCAAGUAACUAUUGAUGAUACACUUUUCUUUUUCUUUAAAAAAAAAAUCACUUAUGUAAAAAUAUGCAGUAUUUAAAUACUCUGGCAUUUGUAUUAUGUGUGUUCAGUGUGAAUAGUGGAUCAUGUCAUGUAACACAGGUUUUUUUUUUUGUUCUUGAUUAAUUUUUAUCUAAAGUCUCUAUACCAUUUUUGUAAAAAAAAAAAAAAACCAAGGAAAAAGAAACAAAAAGUUUGCUUUUCGAUAUUUUGUAUAGUUAAUAUAGAUGGUUUUGACUAAAUGCUUUAUUUAUUUAAUAGCAAAACUGUGCCAAGAGAUACCCUUGUUAAUUAAAAAAAAAAUUACUAGUUCA